AUAGGGGAGAAACAUUAGUUUUAAAAACAGGGGAAAGCAGAGCCACUUCUGCACUUUCUCUUCACAAAGAAAUUUUUAAAUGGGAAACUCAGUUACUCCUCCAUUUUUUCUAUCAAUUUUUCUUUUCUCUCUAUGUUAUUAUACACCAAUACAGGCCAUUAAGAAGUCUUACGUUGUGUACUUGGGAUCACAUUCUUAUGGUCCAAACCCUUCUUCCUUUGAAGUUGAAAGUGUCACAAUUUCACAUUAUGAUUUACUAGGGUCAUACUUGGGAAGCAGUGAAAAAGCACAAAGUGCAAUCUUUUACUCGUAUACUAGAAACAUUAAUGGUUUUGCCGCAAUCCUAGAAGAUGAAGAGGCCGCACAAAUUGCAAAGAAUCCAAAUGUUGUCUCGGUUUUCUUAAACAAAGGAAACAAACUGCAUACAACGCAUUCAUGGGCAUUUCUUGGGGUAGAGAAAGAUGAAGGUGUAAUUCCUUCAGACUCCAUUUGGAAGAAGGCUCGGUUUGGUGAAGACACCAUUAUUGCAAACUUCGAUACUGGUGUAUGGCCGGAAUCAAAAAGCUUCAACGAUGAAGGCAUGGGACCCAUACCUUCAAAGUGGCGUGGAAUCUGUCAGCAUGAUAAUAAAGAUGGUGUUCGCUGCAACAAGAAAUUGAUAGGAGCAAGGUACUUCAACAGAGGUUAUAGAGCAUAUCUAGAAACUACCAAUGCCACAAUCUCUCCAGCACUCAAUGCCACAUUUUUCUCUGCUCGUGACCAUGAUGGACAUGGCUCACAUACCCUCUCAACCGCAGGAGGCAGCUUUGCCCCUUGCGCAAGUUAUCUCGGAAAUGGCAAUGGAACUGCAAAGGGUGGAUCUCCAAAAGCCCGUCUGGCUAUGUACAAAGUGUGUUGGCCACCGGUUGAUGGAAAUGAGUGCUUUGAUGCAGACAUUUUGGCUGCUUUUGAUUCUGCAAUCAGUGAUGGAGUUGAUGUGAUUUCGUUAUCUCUUGGUGCUGGCCCCGCUGAGUUUUUUGAUGAUGGGAUUUCGAUAGGGUCAUUUCAUGCUUUGAAAAAGAACAUUGUUGCUGUAGCCUCGGCUGGAAAUGAUGGACCCACUAAUGGGACUGUUUCGAAUGUGUCACCUUGGCUUGUAACUGUUGGUGCUAGCACACUUGACCGCGGCUUCAUUAGUUAUGUUGCUCUUGGAAACAAGAUUCACAUUGAGGGAUCGAGUCUUGCGGCAGGAGGAUUGCCAUCGCAGAAGUUCUAUCCGUUAAUCGGUGCAGCAGAUGCUAAACUUGCAAAGGCAAACGCUACAGCUGCCCUGCUCUGCAAAUCCAGAACCCUUGAUAGGAAAAAGGUGGAAGGGAAAAUUUUGGUUUGUCGUCGAGGUGAUAAUGAUAGACUUGAAAAGAGUUAUGAGGCUUCUCUUGCUGGUGCUGUUGGAAUGAUUCUGGCAAAUGAUGAGUCAACUGCAAAUGAGACCGUGCCUGAUCCUCAUUUCAUUCCUUCUGCACAUAUCAGUUUCAUUGAUGGCCAACAUGUCUUUGCAUACAUAAACUCUACCAAGAAACCUGUUGCAUACAUGACUCAAUCAAAGACUGUAUUUGGCUUAAAGCCAUCUCCUUCUAUGGCUUCGUUCUCAUCAAGGGGUCCCAAUACCAUUGAGGAAUCAAUUCUCAAGCCUGAUAUCAUAGCACCAGGAGUGAACAUAAUCGCUGCUUACUCUGAAGAUGUUGCACCAAGUACAGAAUUAUUUGAUAAGCGCCGUGUUCCUUACAUAACACUUUCUGGCACUUCAAUGGCAUGCCCUCAUGUUUCUGGGCUUGUUGGUCUUUUGAAAACUCUUUACCCAGAUUGGAGUCCAGCUGCCAUUAAAUCUGCCAUCAUGACUACAGCAAGAAGGAGAGAUAAUAGCAAGAAACCAAUACUGGAUUCAACCAUGUUGAAAGCAACACCUUUUGCUUACGGCGCAGGACACAUUCAACCAAACCAAGCAGUGGACCCGGGACUUGUUUAUGAUUUAACCACCGAUGAUUACUUGAACUUCUUAUGCGGCCAUGGAUACAAUGAAACUCAGAUUAAAGUAUUCUCAGAUAAACCAUACAAAUGCCCCAAAUCAUUCAGUCUGACUAACUUCAACUACCCUUCAAUUGUGGUUCCAAAUCUCACUAAGAAAUCAGUGGUUGUCACUAGAACAGUCAAGAAUGUUGGUACUCCAGGUACAUACAAAGCAAAUGUAAAGGCACCGGCUGGAGUUUCUGUUGUUAUUGAGCCUGAAAGUUUGACAUUCAAGAAAAUUGGUGAGGAACAGAAAUUCAAGGUUGUUCUGAAGUCUAGGUUUAAUAGUGGCCCUGAAGACUAUGAAUUUGGAGAGCUGAGAUGGUCAGAUGGCAAGCAUACCGUUCGAAGUCCUAUUGCGGCCAAGCACUCCAAGUAAAUAGUAGCAGCUUAAUUUGUUUAUUCUUGGGCUAGAGAGAGCAUUUGAUUGUCUAAGAAGAAAUUACAUAUAGAGAUUGUAACAGUUUCUUUCCUACACAUUAUUUGUACUUUUCUAUCACUCUCGGAAAAAUGAUAUUCUGAUGUAACAAGA